GGUAUUUUUACUCCUGAUGUUAUAGCAACGGAAUUCAACGUGGACUUAAUGCAACAAAUCAGUCCACACAGUCCCCCGUCCUGUGCACUUUAAUGUCUUAUGGGAAACCUAAAAAGGAGCAGAGGGUUGUGAGGGUCGGGUCACAGAAGGGUAUAUAGACCACUGCCCAUAUUACGCCAAAUAGUCUGCAGCUUUGACCCUCUCUGGAUGCUACUGUAUCGUUCUACAUAUAGACCAACAGACCAGAGCAACCAUGACUUUCUACAGACACUCAGGCCCUAGACACUACGUGAGCUCCACCAUGACAGACCGCUUUGACUGCUACUACUGCCGGGACAACCUGCAUGGGAAGAAGUAUGUGAAGAAGGAUGACAAACACGUGUGCACAAAGUGUUUUGACAAGCUCUGUGCCAACACCUGCGCUGAGUGCAAACGUGCCAUCGGAGCUGAUGCCAAGGAGCUGCACCAUAAAAACCGCCACUGGCACGAGGAUUGCUUCCGUUGUGCCAAGUGCUAUAAGCCCCUGGCCAAUGAGCCCUUCUGUGCCCGGGACGAUGGCAAGAUCAUGUGCGGCAAGUGCAGCUCAAGGGAGGAUGGCAACCGCUGCCAGGGCUGCUACAAGGUGGUGAUGCCAGGAUCCCAGAAUGUGGAAUACAAGAAUAAAGUAUGGCAUGAGGACUGCUUCACCUGUUUUGAAUGUAAGCAGCCAAUCCGCACGCAGAGCUUCCUGGCUAAAGGAGAUGACAUCUACUGCGCUCCAUGCCAUGACAAGAAGUUUGCCAAGAAGUGCUACCACUGCAAGCAGCCCAUCACCUCUGGAGGCAUCAGCUAUCAGGACCAGCCCUGGCAUUCGGAGUGUUUCAAGUGCAGCACCUGCAGUAAACCUCUGGCAGGGACUCGGUUCACCUCCCAUGACAACCAUGUUUACUGCGUUGACUGCUACAAGACAGAUGUGGCCAAGAAAUGCCAUGGCUGCAAGAACCCAAUAACAGGUUUCGGCCAUGGCACAAAUGUGGUCAACUACGAGGGCUACUCCUGGCAUGAGUACUGCUUCAACUGCAAGAAGUGUUCCUCUCUGGCCAAUAAGCGCUUUGUCAUCAACGGUGACCACAUUUACUGCCCCGACUGUGCAAAGAAACUGUAAAACCUGAUCAUGCACAUGGCAACAGUAGUACUGCUAUGGAAUAUGCUGAGGUUGCAUUAAUAAUUGUAGACCGGCAGUUUUAGACAGAACUCAGUAGCUUGAAGCAUAUGUAUACAUUAUGUAAAUAGAAGGUUUUGCUGCACAUUAAUAUUGUCUAAUCCAGAUUACAAAUGCUUGAGAGCAGAUGCUAUAUUACAGGAAAUCAAGCAUGCCAGCUAAAAAGAGUCACUGCCUCUGAAUGUUGCCAAUCCGUAAAGGAUCAAAUAAAAAUGUUCAGAUGUUUCGCUCUGAAAAUAAAGAAAUGGCAAAGUUCUAA